AUGAAUAAUCAAGCAACAAGUGCAUCAUCAACUCUUGUUGAAACAUCAUCAACAUUAACAGAAAAAUGUUCAUCAGAUCGUGUGCGUAUGAGAAGUGUUAUUUCACAAAUAUCAAAUCGAAGUUCAGCUUCAAUAUCAAAUGAACAUCCAGCACUUUCACCUCAAACAUCAUCAUCAACAAUCCCACCUGUUUUAAAUACAAUUCCCGCAACAAUAAUUAAUAUGAAUCCAACAUUAUCUGGUGAACGACAUAUUGGUUUUCGUGUUUAUAAAGAAAAUAAUUCAAAUGAAAGUAAUCAUACGGCUUUGAUGAUGAAUGACGAUGAUGGAGUUAUUCUUAUUGAUGCUUUAUUAAAUACGUAUCGUUUAUCAUCAACAUCAAGUUUAGCUAAUAUUGGUUCAUCUUUUUUCUCUACUCGUUCACAUAUUAAUAAUGUUAUAAAAAAUACAAAUACAACUGAACCAACUGAUGGAUUAAUUUAUAGAAUGUUUGUUAAAACAGCAGAUCCACGUUUUAAUAAACAAAUUAAUACACAUUUUACUGCUGUUUCAGCUUAUCUUGAAAAACCAAUUGAAGCAUUAACACAAGUACCAUUAAUGAUACUUUAUAAAUCAUCUGUUUUAUUAGAAGAUAAACAUUAUUCGCAAAUACUUUAUUUAUUUUGA